GCGGGCCAGCCGUCGCGGUGGAGGGAGGGGGAGGACGGCAACGUUAAAGACUUGGACGGCAGAGCCGGAGAGUGAUAAACGCGCUCACGCCCACACUUCAAUCUCUAUAUAUACAUCUCUCUCACGCACAUACAUACGUAGAGUGUCAGAGAGAGUGACAGCCAGGCUUCGGGAGAAACCGGACCUUUAGGCAGCGUGGAGCAGAGCGGAGCGCCUGAGCGAGACUCAUUCUUCAAUGAGUAAGCACAUCCCUCAGUUCUGUGGUGUUCUAGGUCGCACAUUUAUGGAGUUUCUGAAGGGCAGUGGAGACUACUGCCAGGCACAGCACGACAUCUAUGCAGACAAGUGAACUGUAAAAGUCUACUACGAUUCCACUUAAGAAACCCCUCAAGCAGGUUACCAGCGGCUGGGAAUAAUAAUUCAUCGAAGACCAUAUCUGGAUGGGGUAACCAAGUGGGCUCUUUUUUGUUGGUCACAGUAUUACUGGAUUGAAGAUUUGCUGCUUGUUAAAAGCGUCAUCAAAAGCCUUUGUACGUGCAUACAUUCUGGUGGAAUUUGACAAAACUGGACUUUUUAAUUUUCAGCUUUUGCAAGGCAUUGUUUUCACUUUAUAGGUUUUGCGCUUUUUAUAAGAAAAUGGCUCGGAUGAAUCGUCCAGCACCUGUGGAAAUUACCUACAAGAACAUGAGAUUUCUGAUCACACACAACCCUACCAAUGCAACCUUAAAUAAAUUCAUAGAGGAGUUGAAAAAGUACAGUGUCACCACAGUAGUUCGAGUAUGUGAAGCAACCUACGACACCUCUCCAGUUGAAAAAGAAGGCAUUCAGUUUUUGGACUGGCCAUUUGAUGAUGGUGCUCCACCUUCCAACCAGAUUGUGGAUGAUUGGCUUACCCUUUUGAGAGCGAAAUUCCGUGAAGAGCCAGGUUGUUGCAUUGCUGUCCAUUGUGUAGCUGGUCUUGGACGAGCUCCAGUUCUGGUGGCAUUGGCACUAAUUGAAUGUGGAAUGAAGUAUGAAGAUGCUGUUCAGUUCAUUCGACAGUAAGUAAAGUUUGUUGUGUAUUUGUCAUU